UCGGCGGCAUCUGGGGUUCCCGGCGGGCAGCAGCUGCAGGCUGACCUUGCCGCUUGGCGGAAUGGACUGGCCUCACAACCUGCUGUUCCUUCUUACCAUUUCCAUCUUCCUGGGGCUGGGCCAGCCCAGGAGCCCCAAAAGCAAGAGGAAGGGGCAAGGGCGGUCUGGGCCGCUGGCCCCUGGCCCUCACCAGGUGCCACUGGACCUGGUGUCACGGGUGAAACCGUACGCCCGCAUGGAAGAGUAUGAGAGGAACAUCGAGGAGAUGGUGGCCCAGCUGAGGAACAGCUCAGAGCUGGCCAAGAGGAAGUGUGAGGUCAACUUGCAGCUGUGGAUGUCCAACAAGAGAAGCCUGUCUCCCUGGGGUUACAGCAUCAACCACGACCCCAGCCGUAUUCCCGCAGACCUGCCGGAGGCACGGUGCCUGUGUCUGGGCUGUGUGAACCCCUUCACCAUGCAGGAGGACCGCAGCAUGGUAAGCGUGCCGGUGUUCAGCCAGGUGCCUGUGCGCCGCCGCCUCUGCCCGCCACCGCCCCGCACAGGGCCUUGCCGCCAGCGUGCGGUCAUGGAGACCAUUGCCGUGGGCUGCACCUGCAUCUUCUGAAGCACCUGGCCCAGAAGCCAGGCCAGCAGCCUGAGACCAUCCUCCCUGCACCUUUGUGCCAAGAAAGGCCUAUGAAAAGUAAACACUGACUUUUGAAAGCAA